GAGCCAACUGCGGCACAAAACAUUAUUAUCGACUGCGGUGAGACGCCACGCGGCACGCCGGGAGGCGCGGUGAGGCCUGAGGAGCGAGGGACGAAGCCGCGUCGCCCCGCGCAUGCUCGCUCCACCGCAUACCGUUGCGACGCCGUCACCGUCGAACGUCGCGUAGCUCACGCUAUACAUUAUUCAUGAUGAACAAACAAUUCGAAGACGCCUUGAUAGAACAAGUAAAGAAAUAUCCCAUCCUGUAUCGCAGUAAAGUCAACAAUGGCAAAUACAUGUUCAAAAAGUACGACUGUUGGAUCAAAAUUGGCGCGGAACUCAACAGGCCACCUGAAGAAUGCAAAUCAAAAUUCCGUAACAUACGAGACAACUACAUAAAAAAUAGAAAGAAAAAGAUAAAUGGCGGACAACAGUCAGUUUCCAAAUACGACGACGAAAGACUAAACUUCUUAUCAGAAACUUACGAGGAAGAAAGAAACGCUGAUGACACGCCAAAAGAUAACUUUAUUGUUUACGAAGUAACUAAUAAUAAUAUUAAAGAAGAAUAUGAUUCUUCUGAAGAAGUACCUUUAGCAGAAUCUCCUUUUAUACUUGGCACUGCAAAUGACGAAGUUAGUAUAGAACCGCCUGAUCCUAUUAAUUAUGAUCCAAGUCAUUUAGUUCAACAGAGUGUGACGGUGCAAGACCAGACUUUGACAGUACCGGAGAUUGAGGUAGCCCCAAGAAGAGUUAUGAAGAGAAAGAGAGAUUCUAUAAUAGAUGAGUUGAGAAGAGAUAGAGAAGAAAGGAACUGUAUAUUGCAACAGUUAGUGAAUAAAGCUACAGGGGUUGGACAGACACCGACUCAUGCGUUCUUUGCGUGCAUGGCAGACAUUGUUUGUCAGUUCCCUCCGGAUAAAAUAGCAGAAUUACGGAAUAAGGUCUGUAUGAUGGUUAGUAAUGCUGAGGUAUCUCUUUUGAAGGAUAAAAGUAAGCCUGGUUCAUAGAGUUGAACAUUUUCGAAGUUAAGAAAUGCUGCAAAAUAUGAGUAUGUAUGGAAAGGUGGCCUUUUGAAAUUAAUGAAGAUUCUAAAAAAAAUUGUUUAACUAAGUAUAAAAGUAGAUGUCUACUCGAGAAAACGUGUUUAUAAAGACAAUUAAGCUUUUAA